CUAGCACUAGCAGACGAUAUAUGCCGAUGGCUCAGGGGAGGCCAUUCUAGAAACAUUUAGAAAUUUGGAUCUAGAACUCUAGAUCUAGAAAAUAAGAACUUGGCCUAACCUUUCUUUAUCAUGGGAUAGAUCUAGAAUCUAGAUCUAGAUUAAAGUGUCCCACUGAGUUCUGUUUGCAGUUGUUAUUCUACUGAACUCAUCCUGGUCACCGGCUUGAACCACAGUAUCACAGUAGGCUGUAAAUUCAAUCUUUUAUAGCUAAUGGCAUCUACUAAAUUUUACAUCUCUUCAUAAAGAUAAAUACAAUAAUUCACAGAACAGAUUUUAAAAAGUAAAAGGUACAAAAAUGAACAUUGCUGCCAAGAUUGGUUUAGUUGGCUCUACAUUUUGUGGUGGAGCAGCAUUAUACAUGGCCAAAAAAAAUGAAAUUGAUGUGGACUCAUUGGGAGUAGUCAGAUUUGGUAGAGCAGCAUUCACUGCACUUCGAGUUGCUGUUGAUUACAAAAUACUUUUUUACACACAUGAUAAUUCACACUCUGACUACGCUGAAGCUCUACACAAGGUCCACCUUAGUUCUGCUCUAAGAUUGAGAGACAUGUGCUGUAAGAAUGGAGGGGCGUUCAUUAAAGUGGGCCAACACUUAGGCUCACUGGAGUACCUACUCCCCAUUGAAUAUGUGAACACCAUGAAGGUGUUAUAUGACCAAGCCCCCCAGGCAGAUCUCAAGGAUCUGAAAGCUGUUAUAGAAAAGGAUCUUGGCAAGCAGGUUGAAGAAAUGUUUGUAGAAUUUGAUCCCAAGCCUCUGGGUGCUGCAUCUUUAGCCCAGGUUCACAAAGCUAAACUAUCAGAUGGUCGCAUUGUUGCUGUCAAAAUACAACACCCAAAAGUAAAAGCUCAUUCUUAUGUUGACAUAAAAACCAUGGAGUUCCUAGUCCAUGCCAUUGGCUGGGCAUUUCCUGACUUCCAUUAUGUUUGGUUGGCAGAGGAAACUAAGAAGAACCUACCCAUUGAGUUGGAUUUUUUAAAUGAAGGACAAAAUUGUGAAAGGAUUGAAAAAAUUCUCAGAAAAUUUAAAUUCUUAAAAGUGCCUAAAAUCUAUUGGGAUCUUUCAUCUGACAGAGUACUCACCAUGGAGUAUUGUGAAGGUGGAAAAGUGGACAACAUAAACUACAUGAAAGAAAAUAAUAUCUCUGUUAAUGAGGUGACUGAACGUUUAGGCCAGCUCUACAGUGAAAUGAUAUUUGUACAGGGCUACGUUCACUGUGAUCCACACCCCGGCAAUGUUUUGGUCAAGAAAACAAAAAAUGGCCCUCAGAUUAUUUUGCUCGAUCAUGGCCUUUACCAAACUUUAACAGAUGAGUUCCGUGUGAAUUAUAGCAAAAUGUGGAUGGCUAUGAUAAAUGCUGAUGUUGAAGGGAUGAAAACCUACGCUGCAGCUUUGAAUGUGGGUGACUUGUAUGGAUUGUUUGCUUGCAUGCUAACUGCUCGUUCAUGGAAGUCUUUACAAGCUGGUAUAGACAAAAAACAGCUUACACAAGAGGAGAAUCAAGAGAUCAAAGACAAUGUUGGCAAUUAUUUAGUGGACAUUUCAUCUAUUCUGGGGCGAGUACCAAGACAAAUGCUGCUACUCCUGAAAACAAAUGAUGUUCUACGUGGCAUUGAAUCAUCACUAAAGUCUCAUCCUAGCUCAGCGUCUUUUAUAAACAUGUCUCGUUGCUGUAUCCAGGCCGUGACAGACUGGGAACUCGCCUUAUGCCAGAACUGGCAAUGUUUCUUAAGGACCAGAUUACAUCAGUAUAUUCAACUAAGUCGCAUCUCCCUCUACUCACUCUACCUGUGGAUUCUCAAUUUUCCUGCUGGUUCAUUAUUUAAGUCUCAAUCUUGAUGCUACUUAAUGUGUACUUUUUAUUUUAGUAUCAUAGUCAUUGUACAGAUGCCUGUUAUAAAUAUAGUUUCUAAGUUAAAAACUUGAUAAAGAUUAAAGACUAUACAUUGCA